GGAAUUAUGGAUCGGAGCUAUAAAAGCUCUGGUCCAACGGGCAGAUGUCAGUUAGUUUCGUUUCAAGCGUCACUGAGAUCACAGAAGCCAACAUGAAGUUCGCCGUUGUCGUAGUCCUGUUCGCUUUCGCCUGGGGAGUCAACAGCUCGGUGGUGCCGCUCCUGACCUCCGUCCACGGAGGUGUGGUGGUUGGAGCUCCCGCCGUCGCCGGUUCGGUGGCCAUCCAGGCCUCCGCUGUUCCCGCUGCCGUUCCCGUGGCCCUUUCCCCAGCCGGUCCCGUCCUCAUCCAGUCCGGACCAGCGGUGGUCGCCGCUCCCGUUCCCGCCGUGGUGGCUGCCCACGCUCCCGUCGCCGUCGCCGUCGCCGUUCCGGAAGCCAGCUAUGUGGCCAAGACCCGUGGAGCCGUCCAUGUAGCUCCUCUGCCGGGACAUGUCCAGUCCGCCGCCUCCGUGAACCUGCAACCCGCACCGGGCACCUUGUAAACACCUGGAAUACCCCAUGGAUAUCCCCCCACAUCGGUCUUGACCUUCACUCUACUCGCAUCUGUAACACAUUUUUGGGUUUCUUACGUUCCCAAAGGAUCUUAGGAUCCCUACGGGUUCCCACUUCUUCAGCAAUCUAAGUCAAUCCUAUCCAGUCUAUCGCUUUCCGCUUUAUUUUCUGGUCUAUAUUUAUCCACCCCACUGUUGUCAUCUGGAAAUUUGUUUCUUCUUGAAUAAAAAAAUGUUAUUAAAACAA